AUGGCUCCCCGAUACAAGGACGGAGAUGCCGUGGUCGCCAUCAAUGGCAAGUGGGUGGCGUGGACUCAUACAGUAUUCGCCUACGCCGCCUUCCUCAGUGCGCUGAUUGUCGGCAUCGCGUUGCAUUACCACAAGAUUGUUCAGAAUGAGCAUUUCGGCUAUCCAAUUGAAUGGUUCCCCUCCGUGUCCGCGACUAUCGGUGAUCGUUAUCCCGAACGGUCUUUCUUCCAGGUCUUCAUCGCCAUCACCUCCGGCCCUCGAUUCGCCCUGGUCUUCCUGUGGUACAUCCUCACAUCGCGUCCCAACUCCGCCCUCCCCAAGCUUGUGGCGGGAGUGGGUAUCUUCCGGACCUUGACCUGUGGAGGCUGGACCUAUGUGACCUCUACCGAUGACCACGACUGGCACGACAUUUUCAUGAUCUCAUACUUGGUGGCCACUUUGCCAUGGACUCUGGGCUGCCUUGCUCUGAGCCCUAACAACCGCACCGCUGUGAAGUAUCGCAAGAUCAUGGCCAGCUUGUUCUUUGGAACGCUGGUCCCCUUGAUUUACUACUUCAUUCAGCACAAGGUGCACAAGGUUCCCGGUGCUUACACUAAAUAUGCAUUCUUCGAAUGGUCUCUCAUUCUCUUUGAUGUCGGCUUCGAUGCCAUUACCGCUCUUGACUUCGAGAGCUUCGAACUCGUGGUGCGGGAUGUCAAGGGUGUUAGCAGAGGGAAGGGCAAGCCGGUUGGAAACACUUUCGGCGAGGGCUUCUUUUGGACCGAGAUCAUCGAUGCCGCCUCGGAUGUCUACAACGGAUUUGUUUUCUGGACUAUUGUGACUGCUUUGCCAGUUCUGGUCUGGUACUUCCCACUCUGGCACAUGGGUAUCUCCGGCUACGAAGUUGCUAUCGUCGCCUGCACUUCCCCGUUGCUCCUUGUCAUUCCCUCUCUGCGGGCCAUUGCCGUGCGCAACCUCCGCCUCCUUCAUCUGGCUUCGCUUGUUGGCCUUUUGGCCUACAGGUUCCACGACCCUGCCAAUCGUCUCUUCGUGACCAGUUUCGCUCUGGCCACUACCUGUGUGGCCUGGACAGCUGGCUUCUUCGCCGAGAGGGCCAAUUCCCCUCGUCUCGAGGCUCGUGUCAUGGCUUGGGGAAUUGGUUUGAUCAUGUCGACUGUCGCCAAGUUUGCGUGCAAGACUAACAACCCGCUUUGGCCUAUUGUCCACGCCGAAAAUGGUGGCUGGAACAAGAUCGGUAUCUUCAUUGCUCUGUUCGCUGUCCUCCGAUCCCAGAGAGGCACCAAUAUGAGCGGUGGUGAUUACCUUCCCGCAGGCGGCAAGAAGGGCUCCUCGGUCCUGGCUGGUGUUGGCUUUGGGGGUCUCAUGUUCGCUAUUGUCUCUCUUCUCACCGACUCGAGCACUAUGAUCUCUUGGGUGUGGGAUGGAUACCCAGUCCGUGGACCUAUUGCGGUGCCCCAUGGUGCCGUGACCAUCUUCGUCAUGGGAGCCGGUCUUGUCUACGGUGUCUUCCACCCUCGUGUUGCUGGAAGCUGGACCGCAUUCGGAGUUGGCUCUGUUGGUGCCGCGGUCCUCACCUCCUACCACCACUGGACUGGAUACUACGGUGCUCUUGCCCUGACGUUCUACAUCAUGGCUGUCACACCCGUCCUGAUCGCCUCCUGUGUUCGUCACUCUCCUGCAAGCACCUUCGGUAUUGGCUUCAUCGUCUACGUGUUCCUGCUGCUGUUCCAUGUCUGGAUUGUCGCCUACGCCUUCGUGCCCGGUGGCCCUCUGGUCCGUGAGCACACCGAUUGGCUCAUGUUGACUACCAUGCUGUCCAUUGGUGCCGGUGUCUUCUCCGCCGCGAUCUCGAACUCAAGCCGUUCUUCCCGCAAGAAGCCCGUCAGCCCCAACAGCAAGAGACAGCGUUCGUACUACAUCUACGUUCUUGCUGCCCUGCAGCUCCUCUCUGUCUCUGUGGCUUACCUGCGUUUCCCCACCAACGACUACACCCCCUACCACAAGGAGGACAAGGUUGUCACCGCCGGUAUCUGGACCGUUCACUUCGGCCUCGACAAUGACAUGUGGUCCUCUGAACGCCGAAUGCGUGAUGUGAUCGGUGAACUCGAACUGGACGUCAUUGGGUUCCUGGAAUCCGACAACCAGCGCAUCAUCAUGGGUAACAAGGAUGUCACGCAAUUCAUUGCUGAGGAUCUUGGUUACUACACCGACUUUGGCCCCGGCCCCAACAAACACACCUGGGGCUCCGCCUUGUUGUCCAAGUUCCCCAUCGUCAACUCCACCCACCACCUCCUCCCCUCUCCCGUGGGUGAACUGGCGCCUGCCAUCCACGCAACCCUCGACAUGUACGGUGAGAUGAUUGACAUCGUCGUCUUCCACUCCGGUCAAGAAGAAGACCCCGAGGACCGCCGUUUGCAGAGCGAGUAUCUGUCCAGACUGAUGGGUGACUCUCCUCGUCCCCUCAUCCUCCUCAGCUACCUCGUGACCAAGCCUCUCGAAGGCAACUACAACACCUACGUCAGCGAGCGCAGCCAAAUGAAGGACAUCGACCCCUCCGACUGGGAUAGAUGGUGCGAGUACCUGCUGUUCAAGAAGUUGCACCGUACUGGUUACGCCAGAAUCAGUCGUGACACGAUCACCGAUACCGAGAUCCAGGUCGGCAAGUUUGUCAUUGGUGAACCCGAGCCCGAGAGCGAGAUGCGCAUCCCGGAGGAGCUGGUUCCUGUUGGCCGUCGCUUCCCGGCUUUGUUUCGUGGCGAGGGUGUCCGUGGACACCGCUACCACGUCUUCGAUGAGCCCCGGUACUGGCAAUGA